GAUCGUUGCUCAGUACAUGCGUCAACUUUCUUCCGUAUAGUUCGUUGUGCGCAUGCGCUAACUAUGUCAAACGGCUGUCCGUGAUUUUCACUAUUUGUCAUAACUUCAUCGCUAGCUCCAUUAAUUAUCUUCCAGUUACAUUUUUAAUUAAAAAAAAAACGUUAAAAAUGCUAUCUGAUUACUCAGGUUUAGAGCAGUGCGGUAUAGCUUUUAUCAUUUUGGUUUUGUUAUAUGUGCUUAGAUUUUUCUUCAGACUUAUUUAUUUGUGUUAUCUGGGCCCACCUGUGAAUCAAGUGGAUUUCCCAUCGAAGGGGAAAUGGGCUGUUAUUACCGGAUGUACUGAUGGCAUCGGCAAGGAAUACGCACAUCAGCUGGCAAGCCGCAGCUGUAACAUCGUGCUGAUCAGCCGCUCGAUGACAAAACUGCAGGAUACUGCCCAGGAAAUCGAAAAUAAAUACGGCGUGACAACAAAGAUCAUACAAGUGGAUUUCACCGAAGGCGAGGAAAUAUAUGACAAAAUAGAAAAGGAGAUUGCGGACCUCGAGAUUGGUACCCUGGUUAACAAUGUGGGCGUGUCCUAUCCUUACCCGGAAUACUUCCUGGACAUACCCGAUCAGACUAAAACCGUGGAUAACAUAAUAAAGGCGAACUGCAUGCCGGUGACCCGUAUGACAAAGAUCGUCAUGCCUGGUAUGAAGGAGCGAGGCGGUGGUGUGAUCGUUAACAUUGGCUCCGCAUCCUCGGCUAUACCAAGCCCUCUGCUCACCGUUUACGCUGCUUCUAAGGCUUAUGUUGACAAGUUCACGGAAGGUAUCAAUAUGGAAUAUAGCAAAUACGGUAUUAUUGUCCAAUGCGUAUUGCCCGGUUUCGUCUGCUCAAAUAUGUCAGGGAUUCGUCGAAGCACUUUCUUUGCACCUACCGCUAAACAAUUUGUUAACUCCGCAAUCAGACUCGUGGGAACAACGUGCAGAACAAAUGGGUAUUUUCCACACGCUUUGUUCGUGAAGACUCUCAACGCGUUACACGCUCUAACAGGACCCUUCCUGGUCUGGCUCGUCACAAGAUCUAUGGAAAACACGCGAAGAAAAGCUAUGAAGAAGUAUAAACAACAAUAAUUUUAUUCACUAACCUUAGUGUUAUUAGUAAAAUAUGAUCUCUAUCUGACCUUGUCUAUACAUGUGAAAAAUAAUUUAUAAUUCAAAUUUGAAUAUCAAUUGCUUUGUAAUUUUCACACGUUUUACAUAACAAUAGAAACCUACGCUUAAGAUCGUAACUGGUUUUUUGAUUGAAAUUGGAAUAUCUUAUUUUUUGUUUUUAAUGUACAUUAAUUACUUUUAAAAAUAUAUAUUUUUUUGUUGUGAUUUUAGGUGCAAUCUAAUGGACAAGUUUAUUUAGAGAUCAUUUUAGUCGAACUAAUGUGUAUUGAAUGUAAUAUUACCUCUAUGUGUAAAGCUACGUAAAACUCUUUGCCGGAAAUAUUUUGCAUUACUCCAAGUCGAUUGAUUUCCUUUAAUUUUGCUUAUUAUUAAUUUAUUUUCUUCUAAUGUUUCCGCAUCUUAUUUCCGGCGUGUAUUUAAAUCUUUUAAACAUUUUAAUUCCAAAUUCAAAUCUUUUAAUUUAUUCAAAAUAUUCGAGGCGUUA